UAGUGCUAGCAGUUAACCUUGUGUUCUGUGCCCUGGAUCUAAUGGGCCUGUAUUCAAAUUUAGCUUGGUUACCUGGGUUGAGGGUUCAGUAUGAUUUAGUAUUCUGCAAGUCCUUUUUUAAUUUUCUUUACUCUGUUUAAUUUCCUGAAGUGUGUUAAUGUUGCAAAAGCAGGCACUCUGUGCAUGUAUAUAUGUAAAAAGUGUUUAUGUAAAUACACACUUAACUUGGAUAUUUACGUAUCUAUGCAUGAUAUUUUUGCACCUACCUGUGUAAAAUAUAUGCAUGUUUGUGUAUAUAAAUAUGUGCAAUAUAUGAAACUGAAAGCUCACACUACACUAAUGCUACAUUAAGUUUUAACAGUUAAAGAAAGACCCAAGAAAAGCCAAAGUCAGGAUUCUUGCAGGAAUAUUAGCACAGGGUGUGUCAAAAAAAUACAGUUUUCAUCAAGAAUAGAGACAUAUUUAUUGAUGGCAUUGAUCCUUGUUUUCUUAGCUAGAAAUAUAACCUAAAAUGUAUAAUACUGUAUGCGCUCAAAAUGUCCACUCUUGAUAUCCAGGCACUCUCAGCAGCAAACAGUGAUAAUACAUUUGUGUACCUUCUUUGACAUGCUUUGCGUGUUGCAUGUACUCAGCAUAUAUAGUAUGUUGAUGUUCUUGUUUUAUGUCUGUUUUAAAUAUUUGACUUGUUAAAAAGCUAUAAAAUAUAGAGGGGAACACAAUUUGACUGAGCUAACAUUGCUGUUGGGACCUUUUCUUUCCUUGCUUUUUAAUUUUACUUUAAUUGAUCUUGGCUUUUCUCUUAUAAACAUGUUUUAAACAGGUGAAAGGGAGAGAACGUAACCAGUUGGUGUGGAUUUAGUGUUCUCAUUCCUGGAAAAGCAUGUUCGGUCUUAGAAACAUUUUACAUCUAUUCUCUUUGUCAUUUUCAAAACAAUAUUUAAGGGUUAAUUGUCACAUGUGCCUCUUGCAGGUGGUGGGAAUGAACUGCAGUGUUUAGUAUACUGUGCAGUUUAUCCUGCAGUUUGAUGAAUGGACCUUGAAUAGACUAGGAGAGUUUGUGGUCCUGACAUAACAAAGGGUUAAUGGUUCUUGUUAAGCCUUACUGUAUUAAUACCGUGAGUUAUUAAGGGAGACAGUGAGACAUAGCACCCUGGUGACUGUUGCUGGCUGUGGAUUGUAGCUUUUAGCCUGGAUGGCAUCUCUCCUAACUGCGACUUUGAAUAUGGGGACUUUGUUCAGCAUUGUGAAGCGUCGCUAUAAAAGGAGGCGUAAGAAACGUUCUGAGAGGAAAGACAGAAGCAGUCUCCUCCAGCCAAGAAACCAGCAAAAGUAUUUCACAAUGGAUAUCGAUGAUGAAGAAAACAUGAGUUCAAGCAGCAUUGACGUUAAAGAAAACCGCAACAUGGACAACGUUACACCUAAGGAUGGCAGUAUGCAAGGUGCCGGGGAGGGAACUCAGCUCUCCAAUGGUGGUGGCAACAGCAGCAGGAAACGUCCACUGGAGGAGGGCAACAAUGGCCACUCCAAGUUCCGCCCUAAGAAGAGGAAGAAAACACCAGGGCCUGUUUUGCCAAAGAAUGCACUGAUGCAACUAAAUGAAAUUAAGCCUGGUUUACAGUACAAGCUUCUUUCCCAAACAGGACCAGUUCAUGCCCCUAUUUUUGUGAUGGCAGUUGAAGUUAAUGGACAGAUGUUUGAGGGAUCUGGCCCUACAAAAAAGAAAGCAAAGCUUCAUGCUGCUGAGAAGGCUCUAAGAUCUUUUGUUCAGUUUCCAAAUGCCUCUGAAGCACAUCUAGCAAUGGGAAGGACUCUCUCUGUAAACACAGACUUUACAUCUGACCAAGCAGACUUCCCAGAUACGCUUUUCAAUGGAUUUGAAACUCCAGUUCAGUCUGACAAUUCCUUCUAUUUAGGAUCCAAUGGAGAUGGAUCCUUUAGCUCCAGUGGUGACUACAGUCUGUCAGCAUCCACUGUGGCUAGUAAUCUUAUCCAGUCACCCCUUCCCACACCAUCACCAUAUCCAUCCACAAGUGGAAAGAACCCUGUAAUGAUUUUGAAUGAGCUCAGGCCAGGGUUAAAGUAUGAGUUUCUUUCAGAAAGUGGAGAAAGUCAUGCUAAGAACUUUGUGAUGGCAGUGGCAGUGGAUGGGCAAACGUUUGAAGGAUCAGGAAGGAACAAAAAGCUUGCAAAGGCUCGGGCUGCUCAAUCAGCUCUUGCAUCUUUAUUUAACAUGCAGCUGGACCAGACACCCUCUCGCCAGCCCAUUCCCAGUGAGGGGCUCCAGUUACAUUUACCACAGGUUUUAGCUGAUGCUGUUGCACGCUUGGUUGUAGAUAAAUUCAGUGAUUUGACUGAUAAUUUCACAUCUCCCCAUGCACGUAGAAAAGUUCUUGCUGGAGUUGUCAUGACGACAGGUACAGAUGUGAAGGAUGCCCAGGUAAUAAGUGUUUCCACGGGAACAAAAUGUAUCAAUGGGGAAUAUAUGAGUGACCGUGGACUUGCAUUAAAUGAUUGCCAUGCAGAAAUUAUCUCUCGCAGGUGCCUGCUUAAAUUUCUAUAUACACAACUUGAGUUCUUCUUAAGUAGUAAAGAUGAUCAGCAAAAAUCCAUUUUUAUCAAGUCUGAACGAGGAGGGUUUAAACUGAAAGAAAAUGUGCAGUUUCAUCUCUAUAUCAGCACCUCUCCUUGUGGAGAUGCUAGGAUCUUCUCCCCACAUGAAGCAGCACAAGAGGAUCAGGGAGACAGGCAUCCAAACCGUAAAGCAAGAGGACAGCUACGGACAAAAAUAGAAUCCGGAGAAGGGACAAUUCCUGUUCGAUCUACAACAACUAUCCAGACCUGGGAUGGAGUACUACAGGGAGAGAGGCUGCUUACCAUGUCAUGCAGUGACAAGAUAGCUAGGUGGAACGUGUUGGGUAUUCAAGGAGCCUUACUUAGCCUCUUUGUGGAGCCAAUUUACUUCUCUAGCAUCAUCUUGGGGAGUUUAUAUCAUGGGGACCAUCUAUCCAGAGCAGUAUACCAGCGGAUAGCAGAGAUAGAAGAUCUACCAACUCUGUAUACACUCAACAGACCUUUACUUAGUGGUAUUAGCAAUGCAGAAGCCCGCCAACCAGGAAAAGCACCUAACUUCAGUGUAAACUGGACAGUAGGAGACACAGGUCUGGAAGUUAUUAAUGCUACAACUGGCAAGGAUGAGAUGGGCCGUGCAUCUCGCCUUUGUAAGCAAGCUUUGUACAGUCGCUGGAUACGUAUUCAUGCAAAGCUUUCCUGCAGCCUGCGCUCAAAGAUCCUCAAACCUAACCUGUACCAUGAAACCAAGCAGGUAGCCACGGAGUAUCAAACUGCCAAAGAGUGUUUGUUUAAAGCAUUCCUGAAGGCAGGGCUUGGAGCCUGGGUGGAGAAACCAAUAGAGCAGGAUCAAUUUUCUCUCACUGUCUAAUCCAUGGACUACACAUCGCUUUCAGAAAGGGGGUUGCUCUGGAAAUCCUGGUGUCCAGCAUCUUUUUCUGGCAUUUCUACAGCUGUCAGUGUAUCUUUUAAGCAUUUUUUUCUUUUCUUUUCUUUUUUAACCGACUAGCAACUAGUUUUAUGUUUUGCCUGAAUAUUGGAAGUUGGUGAUAGGUUGAUACAAUACUUCUUUAUUUUGUAAUUAAUAAGUCUUGUUGGUGGACUUCUAGAAAAUCCUUUUACUGUAAACAAAAAAAAAUUACAGUAAGUUUGUCUUUCCAGGCAAAUAGAUCACAAAGCCAGAAUGGAGUUUGGACAGCUAGUUUUCCCCUACUUCCUUGCUCUUUAAAACCAGCUGCUGAAAAUGUCAUGUCUUUGAUGUAUGUAUUUAUUAGUCUGUGACCCAGUUUUUAACAUGCAGCUUUUUAUUCUGUUUUUAAAAGUAUCUUUACCUCCCAUUUACACACAUUGUGAAGUCUUCAUUUUUUUACCAUUGUAAACUGGAAAAAAAAUAAGUAUUUGUAAGUUAAAAAAUUUAGUCUGUAGUGUAUAAAAACCUGUUUAGAAGUAGGUCAUUUGUAUAUCCCAGGAACUCUUCAGAAUGCAAUCACAAUAGUAACAGUAAUGUGGCAACUUCAAAACAAAGUUGUUCAUUUUGAGGAAAACAAUUCUAAAAUUGCCAAAAACCACCCACUUCUACAAUAUUAAUUGCUGCUGUUCUCAAAGGAAUGAAAGGUCCUACAAAGGAUAAAAAAACUAUUAAACUGCUUUCUUGUGAAAUGUAUCUGUUUUAAUCUGGCUGUUGUUUUCCCUUAAAUUGCUUGUAAUUACCUAUAUGCUGGUCUGUAAAAUGCAGAGAUCUAGGCAAGUUAAAACUCAUUUUAUUUGCUUUAAUAAAUAUUUAGGAUAAUAUUUGAUUUAUAUAAUGUGUCCUAAAUUAACAUUUUAAAUGUCAACAUGAAAAAUAGUAGGCAAAGUAGUCUGGGGUUUAUUAAGCCAACUGGUUUCUUGUAGACAUUUUGAAAUAAUUGGAGCAAAUGACAUUUCACGGUGUCCCAAACAGUAAGUCUCUAGGCCUACCUAGGGAUGUACAAAUACAUGAUGUCACUUGUGUGUUCUCAAAAUAUCAUGUAAACAUUCUGAAAGAAUCUCGGAGUAUUUCAAGCUCUUUUUAAAAGCAAUUUGUAGUAGUGGUAGCUACCUCAGCCCAGAGGAUUAGCUGCAGAUUGAUGAUUAUUUUGGUCAGUGAGACAAAUCACCCAGCUAGUUAUAAAUGAUCAGUAAGUUCCCAGUGCUGCAAUAAUUAUUGCACAAUUACAAACCCUUGCCAAAGAAAUUAAAUAGAAGUUUCAAGAUGAAAAAAUUCUCAGUCCUAAAAUUGCUUGUGCAUUGAUUUACGCCUUCUAAUUAGGGUCUUGGAGGCAAUAAAUGAAGUUGUAGUAUGAUUUUUUCAACACUCUGAGGGGAUAGAGAAUCAGAAUACCAUUUUGGGAAAGCAAGUCAUGUACAUGCCACUUGAACAACAAGGUUAUUUAUAUUGUAUUGAUCUGUGAAAAUGUAUUCGCCUUGUCCUACAAACACUUAUGCGUUGGCUUCAAGUUAAGUCUAUAAGUACUUCCACUGAAGUGCUGCAUAAAGCAUUUAUAUGCUCAAAGGUAAGUGUGCAUAAUGUUGUAGGCUUGAGGAGCUAAACUGGGGAGAACUAUAAAUUAGACCAAUUUAUGAGUGUUUUAGCUGGUCUGAUCCAUGUGGAUUAGUAUUAAAUGUUUUUAAGGGGCUUGGUUUAUUAAAAAUGUCAUUUUGAAAUCUUAAUCUAUUUUUACUUAUCUUUUUAAACUUCACAUUCAAAAGUUGAGCUCUUCAGAAUUAAUGUUGAAGGUCAGAGAGGUAGUAGAUGGAACUAAUUUCUUGAUGAACUCAUGAAUGUGAGUAAUAUGUUGAAGUAUUACUACAGGCAUAGUUUUCAAGACAUUGAAAAUGAAUUAUUAAUUAAAAACUGUAUGCAAAGUGGGUUCCAUGUAGAAUUCUUUUCUGAUAAAAAAACAGCAUCAUGUUCUUAUGAGGAAUGAGGUUUCACUUUUGAUAAAUCCAGGGUUAAAAAAAAAUCAAAAAUCAUGUAGAACCCAUAUCUGUUUUUUGGAAGCCAGUGAUUUUUUUUUUCGCUUGUUCAUUGCUCCUUUGUUAGUUUUUGUGCAGUACUACGUGAAAAUCAGAAGCUGCAAUUGUCAGACACCUCAAUUCUGCCAUACCCCUUGUUUUCACUCUGCUCCACUUAGCCUUUGCAAAGCAGUGUUGUGAUUGCUGAUGCUCUUGUAUUCCUCACAAAUCACCACCAUCAAGCAUGGAUGGCCUUUGAUGCAUUUAAUUCUAAAUGACUGUAAACAAUAAGGCAACAUAGCUGCCAACAGUUGCUGAACUUGGUAGUUGACCUCUGUAUCAAGCUGCCAGCUUGACAUUUGUUUUGGAAGGUUGAACGGUGUUUUUGAAUACUUUCAUUAUACUACAUAGUAUGAACUGAUGGAAGGUAAUCUUAUCAAAGAUUUGUAAAGCCAUUCUGGGGAUUCUUUUGGUUCUUUUAGGUGCUUGAGUGAACGUGAGUGUUUGUCUCAGGAUCUUCACAGAAUUCCAAUAAAGAAUGAUGACUCUAAAGUCGAUAAAUACUUGAAAUAAGGUUUUCUUUUCCAAUCGAUAGUCUAGCUAUCAUAAAGGAUUGUAGACUAGUAAAAUAAAAACAUUUUAAGUAUA